AUGCUGCUGUGGGUGCUGGUUGUUACGCUCUUGGCGGCCGCCUGGCUCUUCCAUCGGGGGCAGGAGCGGCGCCGGAGGGCGGUUUCCAAUUUGCCGGGUCCGUAUUGUCCUCCUUUGUUGGGGGCCCUCCAUCUCAUGAUAGGCAUGACUCCAAAAACAUUCCUUAAAAAAACCAGAGAAUAUAGCCGUCGUUGGGGAGAUCUUCAGCGAGUCUGGGUCUUCAAUCGCCUACUGAUCAUGAGCGCCAAUGCGGAAUUCAACGAGCAGCUCUUGAGCAGCCAAGAGCACCUCGUGAAGCAUCCGGUCUACCGAGUCUUGUCCCAGUGGUUGGGAAACGGACUGCUCCUCAGCGAUGGAAAGGUGUGGCACCAGCGCCGCAAGAUCAUAACGCCCACUUUCCAUUUCUCCAUUCUGGAGCAGUUUGUGGAAGUCUUUGACCAGCAGUCCAAUGUCUGUGUCCAAAGGUUGGCGCAAAAGGCCAACGGACAGGUCUUCGAUGUCUACAAAAAUGUAUGUCUGGCAGCCUUGGAUAUUAUUGCGGAAACGGCCAUGGGAACUAAAAUAUAUGCCCAGUCCAAGGACAGCACACCCUAUGCAGAAGCUGUCAAUGAAUGCACUGCCAUGAUGAGUUGGCGUUUCAUGUCGGUGUACCUUCAGAGCGAGAUUCUGUUUACUUUGACCCACCCGCACCUGAAGUGGCGACAGAUGAAGCUCAUCCGCACUAUGCAUGACUUCACCAUCAAGGUGAUCGAGCAGCGCCGCCAGGCUCUGGAGGAGCAGCAGAAGAGUUCCCGUUCGGACGAAAGCUCCAAUGAUGUGGGAUCUAAGCAGCGGAUGGCUCUACUAGAUGUUCUCCUGAUGGCCACUGUGGAUGGCAAGCCCUUGACUAACGAUGAGAUCCGCGAGGAGGUGGACACCUUCAUGUUCGAGGGUCAUGACACCACCACUAGCGCUCUGUCCUUCUGCCUGUAUGAAGUCUCAAGGCACCCAGAGGUGCAGGAAAAGUUGUUGGAGGAGAUCUUGCGGGUCAUAGGCACAGAUCGGAGUCGCCCGGUAACAGUAAGGGAUCUGGGGGAACUCAAGUACAUGGAGAGUGUCAUCAAGGAGUCACUGAGGAUGUACCCGCCAGUGCCUAUUGUGGGUCGCAAACUUGUGAAUGACUUCAAGUAUACCAAUUCAAAGCAUGGCGAUGGAAUUAUUCCGGCUGGUGCUGAGAUCGUUCUCGGAAUCUACGGCAUCCAUCGUCAACCGGAAACCUUCCCUGAUCCGGAAAAAUUCGAUCCAGAGAGAUUUGAGACUGGAGACCGCGUGCCACCAUUUCAUAUGGUGCCAUUCAGCGCUGGACCAAGAAAUUGUAUUGGCCAGAAGUUUGCUCAGCUGGAGAUGAAGAUGAUGCUGGCCAAGAUCGUGCGGGAGUAUAAGCUCCUGCCCCUGGGUGAUCCUGUGGAAUGCGUUGUAAAUAUAGUCCUGCGUUCGGACACGGGCUUCCAGUUGGGAAUGCGAAAGCGAACUGAGCUUUAAAGGCAUAAA